AUGGAGAAUGGACUGAUUAAGAUGGAAGGACGAGUGACCGCUGAUAUGGUCGUAUCAGGCGACAAAAUCAUCAUAGAUGGUAAACAUCCAGUAACCCAACUUCUAGUGAUGUAUUAUCAUCGCCAAGCAGGACAUCAUGGAACAGAAAGGGUAGUCAACGACCUACGACAAAGGUUAUACAUACCACGAAUCCGGACAGCGGUAAAGAAAGCAUGGCGCGACUGUCUUCUCUGCCAGCACCGAAGAUCGAUGCCUGCAGUGCCAAGGAUGGCACCCUUGCCAACUCCGCGGGUGCAAAGUCGCGUUCGACCUUUCACUGACACGGGAGUCGAUUAUUUUGGGCCAAUUUAUGUGAUGAUUGGACGAAGGAGGGAGAAAAGGUAUGGAGUGUUGUUUACCUGCUUGACUGUACGAGCAGUCCACUUGGAAAUAGCGGCCUCAUUAACGACGGACUCAAUGAUUAUGGCUUUCCGUCGGAUGAUCGCUAGACGAGGACAUCCCCUACGAAUGUACUCGGACAACGGAACAAAUUUAAGAGGAGCAUCUGAAGAAUUGAAAAGGGCCGUACAAGAGCUCGAUAAAAAUGAGAUCCUACGACAGAUGUCAAAAUUCCAAAUACAAUGGAAUUUUAUUCCUCCAGCUACUCCGCAUAUGGGUGGAUGCUGGGAACGCUUGGUAAAGUCUGUAAAAAAAGCUUUAGAGUCGACCUUGCGAGAACAAGCACCACGUAAAGAAGUGCUUCAGACUUUAUUCGCCGAAGCGGAAUAUUCAGUGAACAGCCGACCAUUGACGCACGUGUCUGACGAUCCUGAAGAUUUGACGAGUCUAUCACCAAAUGAUUUCUUGAUGUUGACACCUGGAAAAACUCAAGAAUCACAUGGUCCUCCCGGCGAUUUUUUCAAUGGCAACAACCUACGUCGACAAUGGCGUAUCUCUCAACACUUUGCCGAUCAAUUUUGA